AUGCUUCAGAAUGGAGAAGGUGAAUGGGUUCAAGAUCAAGGUCAGCUUAAGUCGAUGGCUGUGACCUUUUAUGAUGACUUAUAUAGUGAAGACAAUCUACACCGACCUUUAUAUGGGCAUCACAGUUUGUUUCCCUCAAUCAGUUCGUUGCAUGAAGAGGAGAUACGAAAGCAAUACACGACAGAGGAUGUCCGGGCUGCCCUCUUUGAAAUGAAGCCUUGGAAGGCGCCGGGAGUUGAUGGAAUACAGACAGAGGGAGGCGAUAUGAAUGCAAGGAUGAAUCAAACUAUUAUUUGUCUUAUUCCUAAAUCUGAGGUAUCAAAGUCGCUCUCUCAAUUUAGGCUCAUUUCUUUGUGCAAUGUUAUGUACAAGUUGGUCACGAAAACUAUAGCUACCAGAUUAAAGAAGCUUAUGUCUGUUAUUGUCAGACCUACGGAAUCGAGCUUUGUGGCUGAGAGACAUAUAACAGACAAUAUCGUGAUUGCACAAGAGGCAAUUCAUUCUAUGCGAUCUAUGAAGGGAAAGCAUGGAGUGAUGGCUUUAAAAGUUGACUUGGAAAAAUCGUAUGACCGAGUAAGUUGGGCAUUUUUGUAUGAUACUCUGAAUGAAGCUGGUCUAUCCGAAGCUCUCUCAUUGAUGUGA